GGAUUCGCGGCUUGAUCUACCUACUCUCUGCUGCGCUCCCUCGUAUUCCCAUGGAGCGGAGAAAUAGCUGUUAUUGCAAGCAAACCCCAUUUCUUUAACCUAAGGGCCCAUCUUGACUGUACUGCUAGAAGCAUUCUGCCUGCUUCAGGAACAGCAGGAAAGGUCAGGAGGACAUGGCGAGGGCAAGAGCGUGCGGCUCCUGCCCCUGCUUCUGAUGGAAAAGGAUUUCAUUUUUGAGGAAAAAGGAGACCGGAGACGGUCGAGCGUGGGUGGGGGGCCAUGGAAGGGGGAAAGGCGGUCGCAAUUGAUGGCGGAGGUGGUGGGAAAGAGGAGUCUUUAGGGGUAAAGUUGAGGAGAGGUGCUGCGGUGGGGAAAAAGGGCGGCCUUUCCACUCCGGUACCCACUUGGAAGCUGGGAGCGCCCGGCGGUACCGAGGGCGAACCUGGCGAGCCCAAGCGGAGCUCGGUGUCUGCGCGGAAGCUUGAGGCGAACCUGUGGGAGAUCCAGGACCUUGUGCCCUACGCAGCAAUGAGCCGAAGAGGCGACAAGGGGCGACGACACAGGGAGGGCAAGGCGCUUGAUGAUGGUCUCGACGACCAGCCUGAAAGUGCAAGUAGCUUGAGGAGGCAUGUUGCAGCUUCACUAGUCAAAAAUUACAAGUUAAAUGAAAGGAAAACCCGAGUCAUAGAACCUAUAUCUCCUGCAAGUUAUUGUAGUUCCAUAGAGAAUGCUGCAAUUAGUCAAACAAUUGCCCCUUGCAAUCUUCUAGAUCUCAAAGAAAAACAUGGGGAGACAGGAUCUGGUCUCAGAACAUCAAAAGAAUUUUUGAAACUAUUGAAUUGCAUUUGGAGCCUGGAAGAACAACAUGAUUCCAACAUAUCAUUGAUUAAAGCAUUGAAGGUGGAGUUAGGGCAUUCACAAGGACGCAUUCAGGAGUUGAUGCAAGAGCAGCAUGUAUAUCGUCGUGAAAUGGAUGAUCUAAUGAAGCAAGUUGCUGAAGAUAAAUUGAUUAGGAAGAACAAAGAGCAGCAGAAGGUCAAAGUGGCAAUACAAUCACUUAGGGAUGAGCUCGAAGAUGAGAGGCAUCUUAGACGACGCUCUGAAAGUCUCCACCGAAAACUUGGGAAAGAGUUAUCUGAUGUGAAUGCUGUAUAUGUGAAGGCUUUGAAAGAUCUUGAUAGAGAGAGAAAAACAAGUUACCUUUUGGAGAACAUAUGUGAUGAAUUUGCAAAAGGCAUUACAGAUUAUGAGCAGGAAGUCAGGGAGUUGAGGCAAACAUCUCCAAGAGAUUGCAGCCAUAAAGGAGAUAGAUUAGUGCUUCAUAUUUCAGAAGCAUGGCUUGAUGAGCGAGUUCAGAUGAACAUUGCUGAAGCCCAAGGAGAUUUGGCAGAAAAAACAACAGUUAUGGACAGGUUAAGAAAUGAAAUUGAAUCAUUUCUUCAAGCUAGAAAAGCUAGUGCCUUGCAGAGUGAUAGUCUGUACCAAAACAAAGAUAAGAAACAUAGCAACAUACGGCGCCAAUCUCUUGAGUCUGUCCUCUUAAAUGGAGCUACCAGUGCACCUCAUGAUGCUGAUGAUGAAGAUGAAUCUGUGGCAAGUGAUACUCUCUGCUUUGAGCUCAAUGUGAGUACUCAUAAACAUGGAAGUCAUGAUCAUCUAAAGCAAGAUAAUCAGAAUGCAAUAGAAAAGCUGGAAUCUCAAGGAACAUCUGCAUUACUGGGAGAAAAGUUAGACCCUUCAGACUGCAAUGAAAAUGCAUCAGAGUUGCACAUCCAAUACAACCAAAUCAUGGACAAAGAAAAGCUAUCUGGAAACAACAUGAAGCUUUUUGACAGAGUGCAGGGAGUACAUUUUCCAACUGAUGGUGACCGUGCAAAUAAUAAAUUUGAUCCCGAUGAAAAAAGAAUAUCUCAACAAUCUGGUUGCUAUCAUUCUCAGGAACACCGACAGGAUACAGAUCAAAAGCUGUCUCCCAUAAAUGGUUCAAAGCAUCGGGCUUGCAAUUCUGUCAAAAAUUUUACAGAAAUAUCUGGAUGUGAUUCAUUGGAUCGUGCCACAUGCCAUGAAGAUUCUCACCUGUUACGGAAGUCCCAGAUUACCUCAGUUGAGGAAGACUCUGAUCUAGGAAAUGCCCAUCAGAUAAAUAGUCCAGUUCAGCAGUGGAAGUACCCGCAAACUCCCUAUCUAGCCGAGUCCUCGUCGAAGCUAGCUUCCGGUGUAAAAGAAAGUACCUUGAAGGCAAGAUUGCUGGAAGCAAGAUUAGAGGGAAAACACAGUCGUUUAAAGACCUUAAAACGCAUGUCUACAGUUCAAAUAAAGCAUCGGGAAUGAAGUGCAUGCUUUGACAUUAUCUCUCUUGCGUGAUUUGUGGAUGACCUACUGGCUCAUUGUGCUGAUUGUUGAUAUUGAUGGUGCUAUAGAGCCAUUGAUGGCAUCUAUAACUACAAUUCGGGACUUUUUGUUUCAUAUUAUGCUUUAUGUAUUAAUGACCGAUCUUAACAAAUGUCCAGAAGCUAUUACAGUUGAGAUGCUCGUAGAUAAUUUGAAUGUGAUACUUUUGUUUAGAAUUUGGAUGACUUUGGCUUUAGUUGCUGCGAA